CCUACCUCAAAAACCCUAGCCACUUCCUCCAUUUUCCCUCCUCCUCUUUCUCCGCCGCCACCAAAAGCAAAAUCCAAAAAUGGUUUCCGGUUCAGGAAUCUCGGCUAGGAGAAUCGUGGUCGAUGCUCGUCACCAUAUGCUUGGUAGACUUUCAUCGAUUUUAGCUAAGGAAUUGUUGAAUGGACAAAGAGUUGUUGUUGUUAGAUGUGAAGAAAUUUGUUUAUCUGGUGGACUUGUUAGGCAGAAAAUGAAGUAUCUUAGGUUUUUAAGGAAGAGAAUGAAUACUAAGCCUUCUCAUGGGCCUAUUCACUUUCGUGCUCCUUCCAAAAUUCUCUGGAGGACCAUCCGUGGGAUGAUUCCCCACAAAACCAAGCGUGGAGCUGCUGCUCUUGCUCGCUUAAAGGUUUAUGAGGGUGUUCCACCACCAUACGACAAGAUCAAGAGGAUGGUCAUUCCUGAUGCUCUCAAGGUAUUGAGACUUCAAGCUGGACACAAAUACUGUCUCUUGGGUAAGCUAUCAUCAGAGGUUGGAUGGAACCAUUACGACACUAUCAAGGAGCUCGAGGACAAGAGAAAGGAGAGAGCCCAGGUCACUUAUGAGAGGAGAAAGCAGCUGGCCAAACUCAGGGUUAAGGCUGAAAAGGCUGCCGAGGAGAAGCUCGGUCCUCAACUUGCAGUUAUCGAACCAAUCAAGUAUUAGAGUGUAACCGUAAUUUAUCUCUAAGGUGAAAUUUUGCCGGAUAUUGAGAUUUCAAAUUGUGUUUUCUAAAGAAUGCUACCUUAUUGUACUGCAUGGUUCAGUUUGCAGACUUCAUUGUUUUUUACAGUCUUUUGGAGUUAUCGUAUCAUUUUACUGA